AUGGCUAUGCCGUCUCAGCAGGUCGAAACCGCAGUGACUCAGUACCAAACGGCGGACGACUUUCCUUAUGGCAUCCUCACUGAAGAGGACAUGUUUGACGAUGCGACUGGUGCGGUACCAACCAAGGGCCUGGGUACACCGCUCAGUCUCAAGGAUCGCACCCUAAGACGCCUCUCGAAGAUGCUGGGUGCGGAAGCCACCGUACAAAAUGUACCCACUGAAAAUGGCAUCCACAUCUUGCUCUCACGAAGCCAAGACUCGGUCCGCUCUAGCGUUCUACUGGACGAGCAGCUGCGAAAACACGUGCGCGAACUCGAAGUUUCGCUGAAGUCCAUUGCGCAGGGACCUGGUCAACUUUGCAAUGACGCAUGCGAAGACCUCUGGGAGAUCAUCCUUGUGUCCAACUACGGCAAAGCCGAUCUAGUCAUCCAAGCUCUCCAAAAGCUGUUCAAGCACAAUCAAGGCACUUUUGACCAUCUCGUGACCAGGAUGUUCGGCAUCGACGAUAUCGAUAGUAAAGGCUCAAAGCUAGACCGAGAGCUCGGCGAUCAUAUCAUCAUCAUGGCUCAACACGUCAACGGCUUCGAUGGUUCGAUGAAAGAAUGGAACACGCUGAUCCGCUUUGCUGCCACGAUGACAAAGACACUGUCCAACCUACGAGACCGAAUGAAAUACAUUGUUGAGAAGAGCGCGUUCGCUGACAAGCUUUUCGGGCUUAUCUGCCAACUUGGUUUUCCUGAGCGUGUCUAUGCUACUUUGGUACGGAGUGCUAGAGCUUCACAAAAGUUCAGGAACGUCACGUUCCAUUUGGGGCCCCCCUCACCGGCAAAGACUGUCUCAUUUGCAAGCCCGCUAGUGACCGCGACGCCACGAAGCACCAUCGUGCGCUCUUCACCAUCAAAAGAGAAGUCGAAGCAGGUACUGCGAUACGAAGCCACGGCGGACGCAACAGCGACGACAGCGCCUGCCUUUCUCUCUUUUCUUCCUCCUCCCCCUUCAGCUGUCCAGCGCUACCUGCCUCGAAAAGACCGGAACCUCGCCCUUAGUCGCCUCGAGCCUGCUGAAAAGCAGAUGACCGCACAACUCGCCGAUACCGUGCUCAAAGGAAAUCUGCUAUCUACGCAGACAGCCGUGUGGUACAAUUUCGGCUUCGUCACCGCCAAGGAUGAGGACCAAGAGCGACAACUUGCAGGCCUGUAUGCCAAACUACUGAAGGAGGCCGAUGAUCCUGAAGCCACAUUCUGCGAGCUUCAAACCGCCCUCAAGACCAACUCCAUCGUCAGCGUCUUUGACAAGUACAACUACGCCCAAUUUCGCGAACUGUUCCCGUGCCUGGACACCUUCUUGACCACACCACCACACAAGCGCUCCACCGUAUGGCGUCUACGGCAAUUCAUCCUAGACCCAUCCGAUGACGAACCGCCCCCAUGUCUACAGCGCGACUACGGCUUCAAGUACUGUCGCCAACGCGAAGAGGUCCUCCGGCUCAAGGAGAUUCACACCAAUGCGCUGGAGAAGAUGGGGCCGAAAAGCCUCCAUGAAUCCUGCGUCAACGGCCGACUAUACGAGAAUGCGGUACGAGAGGGAGUCGUCGUUGCUGGCAAGGACAAGCGUUUCUUGGCGAAUGACUAUCCGUCACCGUUUGUUGGUCUGGACAGUCCACGUGGCCUUGAGCCAUAUCUUGGCCGUUUCUACAAGCAGAGCUUGAAGCUGUAG